AUGGCCGAACCCAUCAAAUGUGCCUACAAUUCCCAGGAGUUGGAGCCUUUCUAUGUUGGAUCAACAUCAGCUACUUUUUCUAAGGAUGGCUCUCUCAUAGCUACUCCAGUCAACGAAGAUGUGGUGAUCACUGACAUUUCAACAAACUCUACAUUGCACAAGUUGGAAGGAGAUGGAGAGGUCGUCACUGCAUUAGCAAUGACCCCCGAUGGUUCCAAGUUGGCGGUUGUGUCUCAGAGUCAGCAGCUCCGAGUAUACGACGUUGAAACUGGAGAGAUCAUCAAGCAGCAUAAGUUGGCUGCCCCAGCAUACAUUGCCACCGCCGACGCCACGUCGACGCUUUUUGCAUUUGGAGCCACUGAUGGUGUUGUCACUGUCUGGGACGCCCAAGAUGGAUACGUCACGCACUCACUCAAGGGUCAUGGAACCACCAUUUGCUCGCUCAAAUUCUACGGUGAGCUUCACUCAGCUAACUGGAUGCUAGCGCUGGGAGAUACCAUGGGAACCAGCAAGGUAUGGAACUUGGUCAAAAGAAAAUGCAUUGCCACCGCCACUGAGCACACUGGUGCUGUCAGGGGCCUCGCCUUUCUGGAUGAUGGAGAGUACUUCAUGACCGCAGGAAGAGACGAGGUGGUGGUGAUAUAUCACACAGAUAAUCUCCGCAAGGUAGUCAACACAUUUGCUGUGAGACAUCAAGUCGAAACGUGUGGAUUUCUUCCUUUCCAGGACACUCCGGUGUUCUACACGGCCGGACUGGGCUGCCAGCUUAGACUCUGGGACCUUGCAUCAGGAAAGCCUCUUGGAGGCUCCACCAAGCCACUCGAAACGCUGGAAGAGUUAAUGGUGAUUGACGUUUUCAAGACAGACUCCGAGACGAGUAUCUGGAUGGUGCUCAGCGACCAGACACUCGAAGAAUUGGCUAUCGAUGAGGCUAGCGUCAAUGAAAACGGUAUUGAGAUCCCUAUUGUGCGUACGAUUGCGGGAAACCACGGCAUCAUUUCGGAUCUUCGUUACGCUGGCCCCAAUUUGUCUCUUGUGGCCAUGGCAACCAACGCCCCUGCCUUGAGAAUCAUCAAUCCUCUUUCCAAGUUCGAUGUGCAACUUCUCGAAGGCCACACUGACUUGCUCAACUGCUUAGAUGUUUCUGAAGACGGUUUGUGGAUUCUUACUGGAGGAAAGGAUAACGAGGCCCGUUUAUGGAGAUGGAAUGACGACUCUGAGACGUUUGAAGUCUAUUCCACGUUUGUUGGACAUGCUGGUGCUGUGACCGCAUGUGGAUUGUCCAAAAACAUCGACCAAUAUCCCAAAUUCGUCGUCACGGCAUCUGCAGAUUUAACAGUCAAGAGAUGGAAGGUGCCCAAGCAUGCUGGCGAACAUGUCAAGUCCAGUGAGUAUACCAGAAGAGCACAUGAUAAAGAGAUAAAUGCGUUGGCAGUUGCACCUAACGAUGAGUUCUUUGCUACUGCUUCUUUCGACAAAUUGGCAAAGAUCUGGAACUUGGACACCGGUGAAACGGUUGGAAUUCUCCGUGGCCACAAGAGAGGACUUUGGGACAUUAACUUCUGUCAAUAUGACAAGUUGAUUGCUACAAGUUCAGGAGAUAAGACAGCCAAAAUCUGGCUGUUGACUGACUACACAUGUACAAAGACGUUGGAGGGCCACACCAAUGCUGUGCAGAGAUGUCGUUUCAUGAACAAGAACAAGCAAUUGGUUACGUCUGGAGCAGAUGGACUUGUUAAGGUGUGGGAUAUCAAGGAGAGCGAAUGUGUAGCCACGUUAGACAACCAUGGCAACCGUAUUUGGGCCCUUGAUGUUAAGGACGAUGGACUUACCAUGGUCAGUGCAGAUGCGGAUGGAAACAUGAACUUCUGGACCGACAACACGGAGCAGUUGCUUUUGGAGCAGCAAGAAAAGGAAAAGCAGAAGGUUGAGCAGGAGCAGCUGUUGAGCAACUACAUCAGCUCCAACGACUGGAGCAAUGCAUUCUUGCUAGCGUUGACCCUUGAGCAUCUGAUGAGAGUUUAUAACGUGGUCAAGGCGCUGAUUGAGGCCAAUGAGGAUUCCGAGCUGGCAGUGGGCAGCACAAAGCUCGAGAAUACCAUCAAGGAGCUUGACGAUACGCAAAUGGCGUCGCUUUUGAAGAGAGUCAGAGACUGGAACAUCAACUUCAAGCACUUUGAGAUUGCUCAGAAGGUGUUGGCGGUGGUGGUGGACCAAUUGAAUUUAGAUGUUCCAGAGGUUCGUAAGAUUGUCGAGGCCAUUAUUCCAUAUAACGAGAGGCAUUACCAGAGGUUGGACGACUUACUUGAGGAGUCGUACAUGUUGGACUAUGCUGUGCAAGAGAUGGAGAGAGUCAACUAG